AUGAAUGUUCACGACCUCUCCCGGGACGACGACUUCCUCAGCCACCUCCUAGUCGAGAAACUGGGAACUGGUCAGGUACCGCUGGUCGUUCAUAAGAUGGACCCUUCAGCAAGACUGCCCAAAACCGACGCCGAUGAACUCAUGAGUCUCGUUCGACGCUUUGUUAUUACCAAGGCGCCCGUUCAGCAGGCAGUACGGCAGGCCGUCGACGAACUCCUCACCUUUCCCGCCGUUCGCUAUUAUUUGAAAUCAUAUACCCAAAAGCAGAUCAACGCCUUCGCCACACAUGCUUCCAGGUACUUCGAGCUCUACCACCCUUCUGGGGUUAUAGAAAUCGCCCACACUUCUCGUUAUUCUUCCCAUACAGGGAAGUCCGAACUAUGCGUUCUAGCCACACGACCCCUUUCCCCAGGAAUGGUCAUUACCGAACUGAAGGGCUCCAUGGCUAACUUGACGGACGAGGAGGAUAAGGAGUUGAAGAGGGCUGGUAUGGUUAAUUCGGACAUUCGAAGGGAUUUCAGCGUUAUCCACUCAAAGUCGAUGAAGAAGAAUCAUCUAUUCCUGGGACCUGCCAGAUUCGUGAAUCAUGACUGCGACAACAACUGCGAAUUAUUCCGGGAAGGCCGCUAUAUCACAUUCAGAGUUCUCAGACCUAUAGCUGUAGGCGAGGAGAUAACAGCGCAUUAUGGGGACGGUUACUUUGGCAAGAAGAACAAGCAUUGCCUGUGCGAAACAUGCGAGAAGAAUGGACGUGGUGGAUACGCUCCAGUGGACCCAGACGACGAUGGGACUUCGUCUUCUAGCUCAGAUUCGGAUUCAGAGUCAGACUCUGAAAGUUCAUCGAGCGACGCCGAGAGCGAGGCCGAGGCGGAGCCCAUACUCAAUCUCAACGAGAGGCGGACCAGGCGCGGUGUUUACGCUAUCACCGCUGCCAAGGAUGAAGAUAGCGAAGAUAGCGAGAACGAGAACGAUGACGACAACACUGUACCACUAGCCGGAGCGCGAGAUAUCCCAGCCGACAGUGAAGUCGAGCUGACCGCAGAUCUGGACAGCGCCUCAGAGCUAACUUCAUUACCCACCUCCAACCCCCCGUCCGACACACAUUCUCUCUCAUCCCUUUCCAGCCUACCUGUCUCUCGUUCAUCGUCUUCCCUUACCUCGCUGUCCUCUUCGUCCUCAGACGAGGCGAAGGUAGCAGCUUCCCUCACUACGACCACGACGCGGCGUCAAAGUAGGGAAGCCGCUAGCAGAGCCAGCACUUCUCAACUGUCGUCGACUCCUCUUAGACGCUCCACCCGAGCCACCAAUUCCCUUCUCGCGUCGUCGCGUAGGUCCACUCCUGUGAACGGAAAGGAGCGCGCCACUAGGACACCGGUCUCCAAUUCGUCGUCCGCCCGUGGUCGCAAUACGCCGCGAAGGGAGGACACCGUCGUCAAGGAGGAAGCGGAACAGCGAGUCCUUCGCAUGCGCCCGUCAGGUCCUAACGCUGCAGAGCCUUCCAAGGAAGGUCCGGAGAAGGAACCCCCUCGAGGUCCAGAUGGAAAGAUAUUGCCAACUUGCUCCACAUGUGGUAAUAUCCUUCCUGUUAUCCUGGUCGACUCCAAAGUUGUCUGGGGCCUAGGUCUUGACAGUAAGAAGGCGAAGAAGAAGAAGCAGGAUUGCCCAAGGUAUCUCUUAAAUUUCCGUCGAUUCAUAGGACCAAAGCUCACGCAGGAACCCAGGUGUAUGCGCCAUUUUGCCAUCUACCAGCAAACAUGGCCAUCUCGGGUCCCGGGACCCGGCGCCGUUCUUCCUCCCCCUCGUGCAACUACCCCCUCUGACCCUGUUGCCAAGUCCUCGAAGAAGGUUCUCAAAUACCUUCAGAAACAGGCGGAAGUGUCCAGGUCGUUGGCCGCAUCCAAGGCGACAAAUAAGCGCGAGAGGGAGCAGGCGGUUGAGGAGAAUCCCCGUGCUCAGAAGAAGCUGAAAGCGGAUCCUCCUCCUCCGCUUGUCAAGCUCAAGCAGACUCCGGUUUCCAACUCCACUUCCACAUCGACCACCGAGAGCGAGCCAGUGAAGCGAAAGCGUGGACGGCCCCGUCUGUCCUCCCCUCGCUUCCGACCCAAGGUGAAGCCUCUCUCGGAGGUCGUCGUGAAAGUAGAAGAGGAAGCUCCCGAGAUUCCUGCUAAACGCGUCUUUUCUCAGCCCCGCGCCCAGAAUGGACGUUUCGGAAAGAAGGACAAAAGUCAGAAGAAGAAACCCGCAGAUUCCGCUACUCCCAGGUCACCCAGGGUCAAGAAGGACGUACCGACCUCGCCCACCUGGACCUCGCCACGCCGUAAACGCGCGAACGACGACAAUGAAGAUGUCCAGAUGGCAGAAGAUUCGCCGAAGAGGAAACACGUUCGUACGGAAGAGAUGGAGGAACCAAACGAGAAGGAGGAAUCCAGCGCUCCGAAACCACAUCAGCGGGUCAUGCCACGCCCCACUUCGACUUUCAGAGGACCGAAACUUUUCUCAAACCCCAGCCCCCUGAACUUCGCAUUGCAUGCCUGGGCUGGCCCGGUUAUCCUGGACGAGUCGUCGGAAGACGAAGAAAGCUCCACGCCUGAAACCCCUGAAGAUAUUCAAUCUCCAGGCCCCGAAAUCGCAGAAGACCCCGAACUCAACGCUUCAACACUCCUACCAGCCCCUGUCCACCGCGCACCACUUAUUUAUAAGCCUUCGCCAUUCACAUUUUCCAAACGCCGUUGGGUGUCUUUACCCCAGCUCCCGGAACGCCUUGCCAGUGGCGACAGCGUCGUCGACGACAAGGAAGAUGAUGAUGACGAUAAAGAGGAGGAGGAGGAUGUCGAGAACAUACCCGAGCAUGCUGUUAGCUCUAGAAAGGAGAGGUCCAGCUCCGCGAGCGGACAUUCGUUUACUCCCCGCUGGACAAAGUCCUUCCUUGUAAAUAACGACGUGAGUUAA